AGGGAUGGGCUCCGCUCGGUGUUCACUGCCGUGUCCCUGCCGCAGGUGACCCCGCUGAGCCAUGAACGCCUCGGUGGCCAGCAGCCAGCUGAGACAGCCCGAGCUCCAGGACGGGGCCGCCGUCACUCCCGUCUCCAUCAUCAAGAGCGUGACCAAGAGAUCGGAUGCGCUGCCUGUGAUCGCGGUGAUCGUGGUGGCCUUUGUGCUGCUGGCCGUGCUCAUCGUGCUGGCGGUGCACUACGGUCCCCAGCUGCGAACAGUGCAGAUCACCCUGCGCCACGAGCCCCUGCCCCAGCACAUGGACGGCGUGCUGCUCACCGACUGGAGGCUGCGCCAUUCCUGCGGGAAGCUGCCCGCCAUGGACUCGGCUGGAGCCASCUGCCACUGCUCCUGCAGCCAUCACCUUCCCCAUGGCAGCGCUGAGCCCAAUGUCAUCGAGAUCACCUACCUGUGACACGGCCCUGGGCCACUGGGGCGGC